AUGGACAAGGUCGACAACGCGAUCGCCACCUUCAUCGACCCCUACUACGGCCAUCUGACUCCUGCCAAAAAGACCUUGCGAACCGCUUCUUUCAACUCAAACAAGAUCUCAGCAGUCUCGGUGAUCUCCUUGACCUUCAAGCACACCCUCCAGCUGCCGUCAUCAGUUCCAUCGUCCUUGGCUGCAACCCUCAACGUGUCACCCCCGCUUGUCGAGCUUCGGCCGUCUGCAACGCCCAGCUGA